AUGGCGGGCAAGGUGGAAGUCUUUGAAGUUUGCCCUCUUUUGAUUCCACAGGACUCGAGCUUUCGCCGUUACGAAGGGUAUAUCACUGUCUGUCACAAGUCUUUUCGUAUCUCAAUUUCCUUACCAGAAUCAUCCAAUAUGAAAGAUGCAAGGAUCGAAUGCUGYUGGAAACUAAAGCAUUUGCUCAAAGACUAUCAAGGUGUUUUAAAACAAAGACUUGACCAGAGUGCRGAUCUUCCAUCAUUUUUGACAGAGUUGAAAACUAUUUUGGAAAGACUAUUACAAUCAAAGAAUGAAGAAAGAAUCAUAAAUCAUCCAAAGUACUACACUCAACUGAUUGAAGAGAUGGAAGCAAUUUCAUGGGAUAAGUUGGUGUAUAUAGACCCUUCAUUUACUUCAUUAAAAUUAAUGGCCAAAGACAAUAAAAAAAGAGAUCACUUUUUGACAAUUAAGCUAUCACCACAGCAUCCCAAUGUUCCACCAACUUGUACGACUGACCUUCCUGGUAAAUUUUCCUUUUCCUGGACAAGCAGCAAGGACUAUCAAUUAAAGGAAUUGCAUCAUCAGUUUGAACAAGCUUUAACAAAUUAUCAAGAGUUUUGGGACAUGAUGGAUGAGAUUGACCAAAACACAUGGGUAUUGGAACCUGAUCAUCCUCAGCGGGCAUGCACUACCCGUAGGAUUGCUCUAGGCAACAACUCAUCAAUCCACAUAGACAUUAACCCACUUCACCCAAGACUUCUACCUGAGUGUAGAUUUUUAGGAGCUGAUCAUGUUAUCAUCCCUCUUAGAGAGAAUCUCAACUCUAAUCUGAAUCUGUGGAAUCCUGAAAGCUCUGUAUUUAUUAACCUCCAAAAUUUACUAAAAUUGAAAUUUCCUUCUCCAACUAAUACCAAAAARGAGGACUUCAGUAUGGAGUGUGGUAUUUGCUAUGCCUAUAGGUUGAAUGAYGCCAUACCUGAUAAAGCAUGUGAUGACUCUAGGUGUGGACAGCCAUUCCAUCAACUUUGUCUCAUCGAGUGGCUGAAGUCAUUACCAUCAAGUCGUCAGAGUUUUAAUAUGAUAUUUGGUGAAUGUCCAUAUUGUAACAAGCCAAUCACAGUGAAGGUGACAGGAACAAGGUGAUGUCAUAUUUAUUGAUASAAGUUAAAGAACAGAAUCUGGUGAGAUGUGAACUGAGCUACUUUGAAUUCAAAGUUCAAGUUAUAUUAGAUUCAAAUGAACCUUGCAUAUGCUACGUCAACAACCAGAAAAAAAAAUUCUUCAAAUUCUUCCUUUAUUGCACACUUUACAUUAUACAAAAAUAAUUUAUAAAUAAAUAUACAUCUUGUUUAAACAG